GCUUGGGUGUUGCCAAACGAUACUGAGCCUGGUUACGAAACAAGGAGACCACCUUCCCUAUUUCACCCAUCUAUUCAUGCACAAUGUUGGCUUUGAACAAACUUGUUCUGCAUCUUCCUCUUCAUUCUUUUCCCCGCCCUUGGUUUCUUCCCAUUUGCAUUCUGAAAGAGCUGGGAAGAGAUGAAAGCCUCUACUUUGCUUAAGAAGAUAUCAGUUGACUAGCAAGAUGAGUGUACAAAAGGCGAAGCGUCAAGUAGGUAAAUACGAGCUCGGCCAAACAAUUGGCAUAGGAACGUUUGCAAAAGUGAGGCUUGCAAGGAACUUGGACACGGGAGAACAUGUUGCAAUAAAGAUACUUUUAAAGGAGAAGGUUCUAAAGCAUAAAUUGCCUGAGCAGAUUAUGCGGGAAAUUGCUACCAUGAAGUUAAUAAAGCAUCCAAAUGUUAUCCGACUGCUAGAGGUAAUGGGCAGCAAAUCAAAGAUCUUCAUCGUUCUUGAAUAUGCUACUGGUGGAGAGCUGUUUAAUAAUAUUGUUAAUCAUGGAAGAAUGGGAGAAGUUGAAGCAAGGAGAUAUUUUCAUCAAUUGAUUUAUGCUAUUGAUUUUUGCCACAGCAGGGGUGUCUACCACAGGGACUUAAAACUGGAAAAUCUGUUAGUUGAUGCAUCUGGCAACCUCAAAGUUUCUGACUUUGGCUUUAGUGCACUUCAUCAACAACUUAGGGAUGAUGGCUUGCUUCACACUACGUGCGGAACUCCAAAUUAUGUACCUCCUGAGGUUCUUAAAAAUAGAGGCUAUGAUGGAGCUCCUGCUGAUCUGUGGUCAUGUGGGGUUAUCCUGUUUACAUUACUUGCGGGAUACUUACCUUUUGAUGAUCAUAACAGCAUAAAUUUGUACAAGAAGAUAGCAACUGCUAACUUCACAUUCCCUUCUUGGUUUUCUUUUGGCAUCAAGAAAUUGUUGACAAGAAUUCUAGAUCCUAAUCCAGUGACGAGGAUGACUAUCUCUGAAAUAUUGGAGGAUGAAUGGUUUAGAAAUGGCGACAACCCUCCUGUUUUUGAUGGAACGUAUGAAACAAGUUUGGAUGAUGAUCAUGCUGCUUUCAAGGUCUCGCAAGAUCACCAAAUGAUGGGGAAGGAAGAACAACCAGCAGCACUGAAUGCAUUUGAGCUUAUAGGCUUGUCAAAGGGCCUAAAUCUUGGUAGCUUGUUCAAUAUAGAACAGGAAUUCAAGAGAGAAACUAGGUUUACAUCAACAUGUUCUGCCAAUGAAAUCAUCAGAAAGAUUGAAGAAGCUACAAAGCCUCUUGGAUAUGACAUUCACAAGAAGAACUACAAGAUGAUGCUUCGAAAUAUAAAAGCAGGAAGGAAGGGAAAUCUCAAUGUUUCUGCCGAGGUAUUUCAAGUGGCCCCCUCGUUGCAUAUGGUUGAGAUACGGAAGGCUAAAGGGGAUACGCUAGAAUUCCAUCAGUUCUAUAAAACGCUCUCAACAUCCCUCAAGGAUGUAAUUUGGCUAUCUUAAGAGGAUUUACCAGCCCAAUCUCCCAAAUUAUAAGAUCAGAAAGCAUUCUUCUCCCGUUCAGAAAACUCUCCUUAUACUAUCUUUUAUUUUAUUUUAUUUUUUGGGCGGAGGUCAAGCUGGUUUACAAUGGUCACUCAGGCUUUGUUUGGG